AUGAAAAUCUAUCAGAAUAUAAUUCACUAUGAACAAUGUAUUGUUCCUCUUUUACAACGUUUGUCAAAUGUUGAAUAUUUAACAUUAUUAUUAGCUAUUGAUGGAACAACAAGUAGACUCAAUAAUUUUGUUAAUGGAUUUGAUUUGGAGAAAGACAUUCUUUCAUACAUGCGUCAUUUACAUCAAUUUAAUUUUCACAUUCGUACAAUAUUUGAAAACGCUACUCAUGUAGAAAUUGAUACAAUUCGUCAAAGUUUUAUGAAAUAUCAACAAGAAUCUGUUGAUUGUGCAGUCGAUUUUUUCAAUAAUAAUUAUGGUCAAUGUCAAAUCUAUUCGCUUCCAUUUAUUGGCAAUCGUCUUGAUUCCAUUUCAAAUCGAUUUCCACUAUUCAAUAUGACUAAGACAUUCUCGAUGGUUACUAUGUUAUUACUUUUUGAUGAUGUCAAACCGUUUGAAAAUCUUUUCUUUGCACGUAUUGCUCGAGAUCUAUCUCAUCUUAAAACACUCGAAUUAUUCAAUGAACUUGAACAACAAGAGAAAACAAAAGUGACAACAAAUAAUAUUGAGUUUACUCAUUUAUCUACACUAAUUCUAUUUGACAUUCAUAUGGAUUAUGCUGAACAAUUUCUUUAUCGAAGUCGUCUUCCUUCUCUAAUUGAACUGGCUAUUCACGAAGAUAUAUUGUUAGCAAUAAUCACUCAAGAUCAACAACAAGCAAGAAAUAACUGUUCUAAAGUGGAACAUUUAGUUACUUUGGAGACACUCGAUGAUUCAAUAGAUGCUGUUCGAAACUUUUUUCCACUAGCUUUUCAUUGA